ACAUGGCUCAGUUCCCCAGCGCCAUGGAGGCCCCUUUAUCUCUGCUGCUGCUGCUGCUGGCCCUGGGGAUCCUUCAGGCAGGAGGUGACACAUUUAAGACCGACAUCAUUGGUGGUCAUGAGGCUGCCCCCCACUCCCGUCCAUACAUGGUAUCUCUGCAGAAAGCUGGCACCCACCUGUGUGGGGGAGUCCUUGUGCACCCGUGGUGGGUAUUGACAGCUGCCCACUGCGUCGCCCAGCCGGCACAGCUGCUGAGGCUGGUGCUGGGGCUCCACAGGCUCGGAGACCCUGGCCUCACCUUUCGAGUCAGGGCAGCAGUCCUGCACCCCAGCUACAAGCCGGCCCCCAAGCUGGAGAACGACCUCGCGCUGCUUAAGCUGGACGGGAAGGUGAGUCGCAGCAAGACUGUUCGGCCCCUGGCCUUGCCCCGAGCACACAAGGCAGUGACAGCGGGAGCAAAGUGCAGUGUGGCGGGCUGGGGGCUGACCCAGUGGAGUGGGCCUCCGGCGAAAGCGUUGCAGGAGCUGGACGUGCAUGUGCUGGAUGCCAGGAUGUGCAACAACAGUCGCUUCUGGAAUGGUGGCAUCACCCCUUACAUGAUCUGCCUGAAGGCCAAGUCCAAGAAUCAGGCCCCCUGCAAGGGGGACUCAGGCGGACCCCUGGUGUGCAGCAAAGGCCAGGUGGCUGGAAUCCUGUCCUUCAGCUCUAAAACCUGCACUGACAUCUUCAAGCCCCCCGUGGCCAUUGCCGUGGCCCCCUACGUGUCCUGGAUCAGGAAGACCAUCAGCCACAGGUCUGAUGCUCCAGGAGUGAUCCUGACUCCUUUGCUGUGAGACCUUCCCCUGCAGGAUAUAGGGAAGGGCAAAGAGGGAACUGGCACAGCUCAGAGACCAAUUAAUUGUAAUAAAAAAUUGUGUGAUUCCU